AUGACAUAUCCAAAUUCAGUCACUAUUGAAGAAAAUAGUGAUACCAGGAGCAGUAGUGAUAGCAUCAAGGAAACAGGCCACACCAACCAGCAACCUCAAUGCCCGGAGAAUAGUGCAAUUGAAAAAAUGAAAUUACCUCCAAAAGCUAUUAUUGAUGUGCCUGGCAAGAAGAGGAGAUUAACUUCAGAAGUUUGGGAUUACUUCAACUUUAUUCCCAAAAAGGAUCCAAAUGAAGAGUUAAAGUGCAAAUGCAAGAAAUGUGGGAAUGAAUAUUCUGCUGAGAGUAAAAGUGGGACAGGUAAUUUGCAUCGAUAUAUAAAGAAGUGUUUGAAAAUGACAACAAAAGACAUUGGGCAGUACCUAAUCACUUCUGACAAAGGUGCUUUAGGCACAGGAAAUGCACAAUUCAGUCAAGAUAAAUUUAGAGAAUUACUUGUGCAUGCUAUAGUAAGACAUGAACUGCCAUUUUCAUUCGUGGAGUAUGAGGGGAUAAAAAAUGUUCUUACAUAUUUGGAACCCCAAAUUAAACAUAUCACUAGGAACACAGCCAAGUCGGAUAUUAGAAAAUCGCAUGCAAGAGAAAUUAAUAGACUUGGUAGUGAAUUGCGUGGAUGUCCUAGUCGAAUAUGUUUAACUUUUGAUGCAUGGACAUCUAUUGUUACUGAUGGAUAUUUAAGUUUGACUGCACAUUUCAUUGAUAGCAAUUGGCUGCUUCAGAAAAAAAUUCUGAAUUUUUCUUAUAUGCCUCCUCCUCAUAAUGGUGUUGCCUUUGCUGAAAAAAUUUACAGCUUGGCUAGUAGUUGGGGUAUUGAAAAGAAAUUAUUUUCCAUCACAUUAGACAAUGCUUCUGCAAAUGAUUCUUGUGUUGCAAUACUUAAGAAUCAGCUUAAGUUGAAAAAUUCUUUGGUUUGUGAUGGUAUGUUGUUUCAUGUCCGCUGUUGUGCACAUAUUCUCAACUUGAUUGUGCAAGAUGGUUUGAAAGAAAUUGAUAAAUCUGUGGAGUUAAUAAGAGAAUGUGUCAAAUACGUCAAGGGUUCUCAAACAAGGAAGUUAAGGUUCACCGAAUGUAUAACACAGACUUCUCUUGAUUCCAAGAAAGCUUUAGUUCAAGAUGUUCCUAUUAGGUGGAACUCCACAUAUAGGAUGCUGUCCAGUGCACUUUAUUAUCGCCUUGCAUUUGGUCACUUACAACUAAGUGAUUCAAAUUUUCGAUGCUGUCCAUCUCUUGAAGAAUGGGAAAGAGUUGAAAAAAUUUGUGGUUUUCUUCAAGUUUUCUACGAGGCAACUAAUGCUUUUUCAGGGUCCAAGUAUCCGACUAGUAACUUGUACUUUCCUCAAGUUUUUAAAAUUCAAUUGGAGCUGUCUGAGGAGUGCAAUAGUUUAAAUGAUUUUAUGAGGAGGAUUGGUUCCCAAAUGUUUGUGAAGUUUAAUAAAUAUUGGUCCGAGUUCAAUCUCUUGUUGGCAAUUGCUGUGGUAUUUGAUCCUUGGUAUAAAUUUCAAUUUAUUGAAUUUAGUUAUAAUAAGUUGUAUGGCCCAGGGUCUAAUGAAUUAGUCAAGAUCAGAAAUGCACUUUUUGAUGUCUAUAAUGAGUACGUGAAGACUUUCAACAUACCCGGUGCAUCGUCUUCAUGCUCUUGA